AUGGCACAGUCACUGCCCCCGCAGAUUCCCCAGCAUGUCGCGGCGCUACUUUCGCAUUUGACCUCGCGACCGGGCGUCCAAUCGACGCUGAUUCUCUCUCGCAAAGAUGGCUCAAUUAUACAAAGUACCGGCCUGCUCGCCUCGAGCGCGAGCCCGGCGUCUCCUGCUGGAACAAACGCGCCGCGAUCGGGCAGCAAUAAUAACGGUGUUUCGACAAUAGAAAACACGGGCACAAACACAACAACUACAACAACCUCCCCAGAUACCUCCUCACAUCAAGACCCCCCUCCCUAUACCCCAUUAGACACAUUGUCUACAAAAAACCAGAACCAGCCAUACAAACCGACCCAAGCGGAAGCAGUGGCAGCACACAUCCAUGCAUUUAUGUCGACUGCGUCUGGCCUGACAUUAUCACUAUCGGGGUCUACUAGUAGCGCAGAGGCUGCACCUGAAUCGCGGCCGAAAGUGAAUGGAUCGGAGGGAGACGAACUAGACAGGGAUAACGAGCGAGAAGAUGACGAUGAAAUAAAGCUGUUGCGGUUGCGUAUGAAGAAACACGAGAUUGUUGUCGUGCCGGACCGCAAGUAUUUACUGUGCGUUGUGCAUGAUGCUUCUGGGGCUACCUCUGCUACUACUGGGGGCAGUGGGACCUCGAGGUGA